UCGGCGCUGUCAGGCAUGGCGGUGUGCGCGCGGCUGUGCGGGGUCGGCGCGGCCCGGGGCUGCCGGAGGCGGCAGCAGCGCCGUGGCCCGGCCGAAACGGCGGCGGCGGACAGCGAGCCGGACACGGACCCCGAGGAGGAGCUAAUCGAGGCGGGCGCCGCGGGCCUGAGUGCGGGCCCCGCGCCGCCCCCGCGCCUCUCGCUGCUGGAGCUGCCGCCGGAGCUGCUGGUGGAGAUUUUCGCGUCGCUGCCCGGUACCGACCUGUCCAGCCUGGCCCGGGUGUGCACCAGGUUCCGGCGCAUCCUGCACACCGACACCAUCUGGAGGCGGCGCUGCCGCGAGGAAUACGGCGUGUGCGAGGAUGCACGGGGACUGGAGGUUGCGGGUGUGUCCUGCCGGGAUGUCUAUGCCAAAUUGCUCCACCGCUAUAGACACAUCCUGGGGCUGUGGCAGCCAGACAUCGGGCCGUACGGAGGGCUGCUCAACGUGGUGGUGGAUGGGCUGUUCAUUGUGGGCUGGAUGUACCUGCCGCCCCACGACCCCCAUGUGGAUGACCCCAUGCGCUUCAAGCCCCUGUUUAGAAUCCACCUGAUGGAGCGGAAGGCGGCCACCGUGGAGUGUAUGUACGGCCACCGUGGGCCCCACAGCGGCCACAUCCAGAUCAUGAAGAAGGACGAAUUCUCCACCAAGUGCAGCCAGACAGACCAUCACAGGAUGCCGGGUGGGCGGCAGGAGGAGUUUCGUACAUGGCUGCGCGAGGAGUGGGGCCGCACUCUGGAGGACAUCUUCCACGAGCACAUGCAGGAGCUCAUCCUCAUGAAGUUCAUCUACACCAGCCAGUAUGACAACUGCCUGACCUACCGCCGCAUCUACCUCCCGCCCAGCCGCCCUGACGACCUCAUCCCACCUGGCCUCUUCAAAGGUACCUAUGGCAGCCACGGGCUGGAGCUGGUCAUGCUCAGCUUCCACGGGGGCCGGGCCCUGGGCACCAAGGUCACGGGUGACCCCAACAUCCCUGCGGGGCAGCAGACGGUGGAGGUGGACUUGGCCCACCGCAUCCAGCUGCCAGACGUGGAGCAGCAGCGUAGCUUCAGUGAACUGUCCCGCCUGGUCCAGGGUGUGCAGGAGCAGCUUCGGCAGCAGGGGGCGCCUGCAGCUGCUCAGAGCCCCCACCAACCUAUGGAGCCUCCAGCCAAGGAUCCUGUGGAGCCUGGGGGCGCAGCUGCUCCAUCCAGCCAGGCCCAGCCCUUUGUGCUGCCCGUGGGUGUGAGCUCGAGGAAAGAGGACUAUCCCCGAAGCUACAGGGCUUGCUUCUAUGGCACCGGCCUCAUCGCUGGCCACGGCUUCACUAGCCCCGAGCACACACCAGGUGUCUUCGUCCUCUUUGAUGACGACCGUUUCGGCUUCAUCUGGCUGGAGCUCAAGUCAUUCAGCCUGUACAGCCGGGUCCGAGUUGCCUUCCGCCAUGCUGAGGCGCCAUCCCCACAGGCUUUCGAGGACAUGCUGAAGAACAUUCAGUCCCUCACCUCCUGACCCGGUCGCAACCCCCACCAUACCUCCCCUCCAUCUGGCCCCCAGAGAGAGAGCCAGAACAGUCAAGUCGCCCUGGAGCAAGGGGAUGAAGGUUUGGUCUGAGGGACCAGCCCUGGAUGCUGGGUAGUAUCAGGGCAUCGAGGAAGGAAAGAGGGCGUGUGCACACAUAUGCAUGUGUGAGCAUGGCGCGCGCACAUGUGAGCAUGGUGUGUGUCCGAGCAUGUGUGCACACGUGAACAUGGUUUGUGUUCAAAUGCGUGUGCACAUGUGAACACAGUAUGUAUACACAUGUGAACAUGGCCUACCUGUCGAGUGCACGCGUCAGCAUGGUGUGUCUGAGUGUGUGCAUACGUGAGCAUGGCAUGUGUAUUUGAGCGUGUGUGCAUGAUCCUGUGUAUCUGUGCGGGAUGAGGCUGUUGCCAGAGGCCUCUGUGAGGCUGAUGGGGCCAGACCGGGCCACCCUGGGAAGUCAGAAUGUUGGGGUGCUGGGCCAGGUGGAGGUAUUUCCCUUUCUCUGCAGCUUUGCUCAAGUUUAUUUAUUGUUUUGUUAUUUUUUUUGUGUCGGGGAUGAAACCUGGGUCCUCUCUCACAUGCACUGCCUGGUUCUGAUGCUGAAUCAUAUCCAGCUCUUUGGGUGGUGGGUGUAGUGUGUCACCCCGGUUUCAGCUUCCAUGGGGUGGGGGAUGGGACGCAUAACCUGGGCUACCACAGGCCUGAGAAGUAGUCUGCACCGUGUCCUGUUUCUGAGCCCAGGGUGGACAGCACCGUAGGCACCGGGACCACUUUAUUCCACGUGCCAUUGCGUGGCUUCUGGAAGAUUCACUCCUCCCAUCCCCUUCCUGAAGCCCUUGCUAGAGACCAGGACUUGGGGGACCCCAGCUCCUCCAUCUGCCACCUGUAUGCCCCCUCUGUGCCUGCAGAGGGCACUGUAGCCAGGGGCUUUGUGCUGGGACUAUGGCUCAUCCCUGUGGGCAGUAGGGACAAGAGUCUGGGAAGGCCCUGUCUGGCCGCUCCUGCAGGGCCCCGCGUGACCUUUCCCUUAAUAAAAGCCCUUUGCCUUCUAGCGUA